CUUCAGUCCUACCUGGUACACCACCCAUCGAACUAAGUCACACUGCAGGUACUUCUCACGAAAGUACGACAGGGUCGGCCGUCCCCACUGUAGCGACCAAUCUAGUAACGACUCCCGGCCCUCUCACAAAACCUGAUCCGCUCAUGAAUCCCCCAGAAGUUGCACAUGCACAUGAUACAACGGAGACGCUUAACCGCACCGGCACGCACAGUCCUCUUAGUUCCAUACAACACGAGCCGAACCUAGAUGUUGCUCCAGCGAUUCAAACCAGUAAGGUAGGAGUUGGCAAUGAAACAAAGACGCCACUCGGCAGCAGUGAUCAACCGGUCCCGAAGACAGCAUCCGCUCCCGAUGAAACAAAAACGGGCGUUCCGCCUUCAGUCCUCGCUGUUACACCACCUACGGAAGUAAGUCACACUGCAGGUACUAAUCCUCACGAAAGUACGAAAGAGUCGGCUGUCCCCACUGCAGUGACGACUCUAGUAACGUCCCCCGACUCUCUUACCGAAAACCCUACGCUCCUGAAUCCCCUAGACGUUGCACAUGCAGAUAAUGCAACGGUGACGCUUAACCGCACCGGAACGCACAGACCUCUAAGUUCUAUACAACACGAGCCGAACCUAGAAGUCACUCCAGCGAUUCAAGGCAAUGAGGUAGGAGGCGGCAAUGCAACACAGACGCCAAUCGGCACAGAUACCAGUGAACGUCCGGCCCCGAUACCAGCAUCCGGUCCAGAUGAAACAAAAACAGGCCUUCCACCUGCAGUCUUAUCUGGUACACCACCUACCGAACUAAGUCACACUGCAGGUACUUCUCACGGAAGUACGACAGAGUCGGCCGUGCCCACUGCAGCGACCAAUCUUGUAAUGACUCCCGGCCCUCUCACAAAACCUCGUCCGCUCAUGAAUCUCCCAGACGUUGCACAUGUGGAUAAUGCAACGGAGACGCUUAAUCCCACCGACACGCGCAGACCUCGAAGUUCGAUACAACACGAGCCGAACGUUGAAGUUGCUUCAGUGAUUCAAGUCAGUGAUGUAGGAGGCGGCAAUGAAACAAACACGCCACUCGGCACAGAUACCAGUGAUCAACCGGUCCCUAAACCAGCAUCCGCUACCGAUGAAACGAAAACAGGCGUUCCACCUUCAGUCCUCGCUGUUACACCACCUACGGAACUAAGUCACACUCCAGGUACUAAUCCUCACGAAAGUACGAAAGAGUCGGCUGUCCCCACUGCAGUGACGACUCUAGUAACGUCUCCUAACGCUCUUACCGAAAAACCUACGCUACUCAAUCCCCCAGACGUUUCACAUGCAGCUAAUGCGACGGAGACGCUUAACCGCACCGGCACGCACAUUCCUCUGAGUUCCAUACAACACGAGCCGAACGUUGAAGUUGCUCCAUCGAAUCAAGGCAGUGAAGUAGGAGGCGGCAAUGAAAUAAAGACGUCAAUCGGCACAGAUGCCAGUGAUCAUCCGGUCCCAAAACGAGCAACCGCUCCCAAUGAAACAAAAACAAGCAUUCCAUCUUCAGUCCUAGCUGGUACACUACCUACAGAACUAAAUCAAACUGCGGUUGGGUCCCUUCAUGGAAGUGCGACGAAUAAAGACAAAAGAAACGACUUAGGGUCAAGCGUUGCGGUCAUAUCAGUCGGCAAUAAUUUGAUGUUAAUAUUCCUAACUAGUCUUGCGAUAGCAUACUCAAUGUGUUUUUCGGAUAUGUUGUGUCUGGUUAUCCACAGUUCAGGCAUCCAUUGAAAUCAAUAUAUCCAGUAUAUUCAAUAUAUCGGCCUAUUAAGUAAACGCGCUAUUUCACAAUUCGAUGCGUAAAGAAAUAAUGCUUCACUGAGGUAUUACGGGCACUCGAAAACAUGCGCAGUAGUUGUUGCGGUGAGCGAUGUGAUAAUUGUAAAAAAUCGUACUAACUCUUCGCUGUCAAUCCAACCGCAAGAAAUGGCAAUAAGAUCACCUUUACAAUUGCGACAGCUCAUAUCUUUUAACUUCAAGAAAAAAGAGGUAGUUCUAUAAUAUCAAAAUAAACAGGCGUUUUUAAAUUAUACCAAGUCCUGUUUUCUUUGCCCUCCGAAUGUACCAUUGUUGUCAAAUGAAACGCGAACCGCUCUCUGUUCAAGAUUGCAGAGUAGAGUGAGAAAAGAGAACAGAAUAAAAAUAAAUAUAAAAUGCGAGUAAGUUUAGGCUUUUCUAUAAGAAAUGGUGGAAGCUUUCCGAUUAGAAUAAUUUCUGACAGGUAUUUGAACUAUAAAUCCAAAAGUCGCCGUUUUUUUUUUUUUUUUGAUGGGCCGGGCAUUGGACCUAAGAUGCUGUGUAACGUUACGGGAUCGUGGCAAAUCAUGUGCAUUUGUCGCUCAAAAAAUUGUCUCUAGUCGUGGGACGCGGGGAAUUCAAGAAUAUGCGCUCCGCUGUCUCUAAGCUGCCACAGUUUGUUGAAAAGAUUUGAUUGUCAAGAAAAAGACCUCCUCAGGAACCUGCUACUUCACCAGGAUCGAUUUCUGCGCUGUAUUGACCCAGAAGUGAGAUCUAAAAUUCCACGUACAUUUCCUCGACACUUAGAGGCAUUGUACCAUUGUCUUCGACUUACCGUGGCAUAGACGAACAAUUAUGUGCACCGCAUAGGGCGUACCACGAGUAGGGAUUUACGGUGCGCCAUAUGCGCUACAGAUAAUAAAUACUGCUAGGAGCUGUAGUCAUAGUUAUUUUUAUUUGUGUCCUUGACUCCAACACUCGCGAUAAAGAUUGCGAACAGUUUAUUCACUUUACCCAAGGACGAAAUUCUGAUUUCUCAACAGGCAAAAUUAAAGAAGAACGACUGCGUAAAACGUGUCGAGAAACUACACGGCAGUUCAGACUACUUGCGACAGAACUUACGAAAUCCAGUUGCUAAAUCCCACUCGCGGAACGCAGACGUGAAAAAUGCUGUAAAACGCGUGCGCUUAUGCACUGGGCUUAACAUAUCAACUCUUAAUUAAGUACACACAACAGGAAGUCAAAUCUAUGCUGAACACUGUAGGCACACGGGUAUAUGGGAGCUUCGAUAUCGGCCACGAUGACAUGCAUGACAUUGACAUCACAAGAUAUGAAUUUACGACUGCUGCACACAAUUCGGUGAAUAUGUAUGUACAUGCACAGUCAGUGUGCACAUCCCGACCAUUAACUUCAUAACUAAACUAAUAAAAGAAUUAUAA